AUGGGACGCAUUCCGGUGCUAACUAUCACCGACCCGGAGCUAAUCAGACUAAUUCUGGUGAAGGACUUCCACGUUUUCGUGGGCCGGCACGUCGUGUGGACCCCGAAUAUCCCGAUCCGUACCCGCAAUCUGACCCAACUGUACGGCGACGACUGGAAACGUGUUCGCUCUAUCGUAUCGCCUAUUUUCUCGUCGGGAAAAAUGCACCGAAUGUACCCUCAGAUUAGACAAUGCUUGGCGCCAUUCACGAAUUACAUGGACGUGCUUGCUGAAAAUCGUCAAGAAAUUAACAUGGUUGAUACGUUUGCAAAGUUUUUCCUAGAUGUGAAUGCCACUACAAUUUACGCUACAAAACUAGAUUUGUAUAAAUCUCCGACAGAUGGCGACACUACUAGUGAAAACCCGUUUGUUUUGCACGCGAGAUCAAAGGUGGUGUUUCACGACUGGAAAGAGGUGGCGAAAGUAUUGUUGCCAAAAGUUGCCCUCAAAUGGAUUGGUAUAGAAGAUACGAAAGCGAAUUAUUUUUUCGAGGACUUCAUCCGCCACAUAUUGAAGGAUAGACGCGAUAAUCCGGGUAAAACACAUAAUGAUUUUGUUCAGUUGCUUAUGGAUGCUGAGGUAAUCGAUAGAAAGACUGGCGAUCAUAGUGCCACCACUCAGGAUGACAAGGAUAAUAGCGAAAUUCAUCAUGGUAAUCAA